AUGAGCGUUAGAAGGAUUGCGAGGUUCUCCAGUAAACCGCGGAAUCAGGACAUUGCCUAUCUUCGCAACAACUCCUACCACGAUACCUUCCAGCGUGCGGUGGUUGUGCAUUCUACGGACUUCGCCACUGUUGAGCACAACGUGGCCUACAAGACCAAGGGCCACUCUUUUUUCACGGAGGCGGGAGAUGAGGUCUUUGCGCUCUACAACCACAAUCUGGCGGUACGCCCGUUGCAGCAUCCGCUACUGCUGGAUGAUGACAUGGACCCUGCUGGCUUCUGGCUUCCAGGCUUUACAGGAUGGCAUCGUUCAAACCUAGCAGCGGGUUGCCACCGCGGCUGGCGCCUGCGCCGCAUCGCGGGUGUGGCAGGGCAACAGACGGACCUGACAUUCUUCAACAACUCGGCGCACGCAAGUGGCUUCGGAUGGCAUCUGAAACCCCCGCACGCGCCGCCUACGCUGAACCUGGUACAGAUUAACACAGUUUUCGGGUGUAGGAUUUAG